AUGAAGCUCCUCGCGUCGGUCUCCUUCUUCCUCCUCUUCCUGUGCGGCGGGGCCCUGUGCCAUGCCCACAUUGCGGACUUCGACGAGGAGUGGCAGCGCCGCGCCGAGCGGGCCCGGGAGGCCGCCGCCGCCGCCUACCACCCUGACCCCGAGUUGGUCAACGAUGAGCUCAACGCCCAAGUCAACGAGUACGAUCGACAAAGAACUUGGGGUUUACUUUCGUCGUCGUGGGUCGACGGGGACGUGAUGCGUGUUUCUUCUGAAUCCGCAGGGCUCUGGCGGGCAACGGGACGACGGGGCGGCGGCAGCUGAUGGGGAAGCGCAGGGGAGAGCGGUGCUUGGCCACCAACCCCAUCGACCGGUGCUGGCGGUGCCGCGGGGACUGGGCGCACCACCGCAAGCGGCUUGCCAGGUGCGUGCUGGGUUUCGGCCGGAGGACCGUCGGCGGCGUAAGGGGGAGGCUCUACGUGGUGACGGACCCUUCUGACGGAGACUUGGUGGAGCCUAAGCCGGGGACGCUGCGUCACGCGGCGGUGCAGGAGGAGCCGCUGUGGAUCGUCUUCGCCGGCGACAUGAUCAUCAGACUGAACGAGGAGCUGCUCGUGAACAGCCACAAGACCAUCGACGGGCGCGGAGCCAACGUGCACAUCGCCUACGGCGCCGGCAUCACGCUGCAAUUCGUAGAGAAUGUGAUCAUCCACGGAGUGCACAUCCACGACAUCAAGGUCGGCGGGGGAGGGUUCAUCAGGGAUUCCCCCAACCACUACGGCCUACGGACCAGGAGCGACGGCGACGGCAUCUCCAUCUUCGGCUCCUCCAACAUCUGGAUCGACCACGUCUCCAUGUCCAACUGCAUGGACGGCCUCAUCGAUGCCAUCAACGCAUCCACCGCCAUCACCAUCUCCAACAAUCAUUUUACCCAUCACAACGAGGUUCCCAUCAUCUCUCCCUCCCUCUCUCUCUCUAAAAGUUCUUCCGACGAAUGGAAACUUGGAAGCAAGAGUGCUCAAUAGAAGAGACCAGCGACCAUAUUUCCCCAUAGCUUCUCUUCUCUAUAAAAAUCAGAAAACCCUCUUAAUCGUCCGAAGAACCGGAUCUCAGGUGAUGCUCUUCGGCGCGCACGACGAGAACAGUGAGGAUGCCGUCAUGCAGGUGACCGUGGCCUUCAACCAUUUUGGGAGGGGCCUCAUACAGAGGAUGCCGAGGUGCCGGUGGGGCUUCUUCCACGUCCUCAACAACGACUACACCCACUGGCAGAUGUACGCCGUCGGCGGCAGCCAGCACCCGACCAUCGUCAGCCAGGGCAACCGCUACAUCGCCCCUGCCGAUAUCAACGCCAAGCAGGUGGGCUUCUACUGGCGCCUUCUCCUCCCCUUGCUGGGUGGUUUACAGUCAGACGAGCUGAUAAGCUUCCCUUAAUGGCGAUGGUGGCGUUCUGUGCAGGUGACGAAGAGGGACUACGCGACGGAGGACCAGUGGAGGCAGUGGACUUGGAGGUCGGAGGGGGACCUGCUGAUGAAUGGCGCCUUCUUCGUCCAGUCAGGCCCGCGUCGGCCCCACUUGCGGUUCUCCAACAAGGGUAUGAUUAAGGCCAAGCCGGGGUCGUUCGCGACGAGGCUGACCCGCUACUCAGGCGCGCUGACCUGCAAGGUCAAUGCCCCUUGCUAA